GUCUAAUGAUAGAAUAUAUAGUAGGUAGCAUCGAUGUUUCGACACUCGAGAGCCAAUCUUCUUUCUUUUCAAGGCGUCAGCAUCUCUAGAUCUUUUUCAUUUACGACUUCGAAACUUCCAAAUUUAGGUAUUCCAUAGCGGUCGAGUGUGCCAGGCCCCUACCUUCCUUGUCGUCAUUGACUGACCCUCAGGGAAGGAAGGUGCAGUUUCCACACUCUGCUACGAUGAGCCAAAGCAAGCAGGAAGCGCUCUCGAAUGUCAAGAUAGAAGGCCCCAUGUCUUCCAAGAUCCUCAAAUUUCUUCUGAUGUCUGAAAAGAAAGAAAAACUGGGGAACGAACCAACUUGAAUUCUGUUCAUCAUGGCAGAAGCACAGCAGGCGGCGCCGAGCCCGCAAACUCUGGCAUCAGAAACUUCAAACGAAAUUCAGAAGCGUUACGAAAUUUCCACCUCAACCUUCAAGAUCCUUUGCAAAAUUAAGAGCAAGCCAGAUGCUCGUGACAUUUUGAGGAACGCAUGCUCUGCCACCGAGUUCAAGUCGUUCCCAAUGAAAAAGGAGGAGACCGCCUUCUUCAGAGCAAUCAACGACAACACCGGCAUCCCCUAUCAAGUCAAGGAAUUCAUCUCCCAACCAUGGCACAAAGUAUACCUCUUGGUUCAGAUUGAUCUGCUCAAGACUGGUUGGCCCAACAAACUAUCGGGGCCUUCUCGCAAAGAGCUGACGAAAGAACUCGCCCGUAUGUACAAACUCCUCGACCAUGUGCUGAGGUGCCUCGUCGACAUUCUUGGAGACCGAGGCGAUGGCAAGGGAGUCUACGUUGCCCUUGAAGUGCUGAGGUGUGUGAAGGCUGGAGUCUGGGAGGGAAGCGACAGUCAACUCCUCCAAAUCGAGGGCAUCGGCCAGGCGAAGAAGGACAAGCUCGUCAAAGCCAACAUCAAGAACAUAAAACAGUUAUCCAAGGUUGAAUUCUACAACAUUGAACGCAUUCUAAGUCGAAACCCACCUUUCGGUCAGACUAUCCUUCACAAAGUUGCCGGAUUUCCUCGUCUCAUACUCGACUUUGAGAUUAUCGGCCCUUACAUUCCCGACGCGACUGCCAACUCGAAGUCAACAGCUCCGCACGACGACGACCGGUCUGCAGCAGACACGGCAAAACCCAGCCAACCUCUUUGGGUUGCUAGAGCUGUCCUCGGAUUUGACAAUGAGAAGUUACCUCACUGGAAGGGCCGCACACCCUGGCUCACAUUGCUUGUCCAAGGGGAUGACGGACGACUUGUUUGGUUCUGGCGAGGAAGUGCCAAAAAGCUGGUUGGCAAGAAAGAGAUGAUUAUCGGUUUGGGCGCAAAGCGUGACGAGAAACUGCAGGUUUCCUUUGCAUGUGAGGAGAUUGUUGGUACUUUGAUCAAGAAGGAUAUUCGAGUGUCAGUGUGAGGUAUCUGCUGAAGGGAGGGAGGGAGGGUUAUGUUCGUCACAUGUGCAAGAUGCGAGAAAGGUUGUUGCUAAAGAUAGCAUAUUCACAGGUCCCUCUAACAUUUCCGAUUGAUAUUUAUCAAUACUAAUUGUUCUCUAA